AUGUCGAUGAAACGAUUCGGAAAAGCAGCGUAUCGCAUUGCAAAUGAAGCUCGUCUUGCCUCUCGACAUGGCCGAUUUUUCCGUCCAUUCUCUGCAGUCAUAAUUGAAAGACAUCGUCUUCAUAAUCGCGAAGACUGGAGACGGAAAUUUGAGCCAAUACGAAGAGAACCAAGAUCUAUUGAUCUAGUAGAAAGAAUCAAACAAAUAUUCGGAAAUUCAGUACGAUAUAAUGAAGAUUUGAAGUCAAGUGAAUGGCCGAAUAGAAUUGAUUCUUACGAGUUUGGAGAAUUCCUUGGUCAAGGGUGCAAUGCCGCUGUGUAUUCCGCGAAACUGUCUAAUGAUGAGUUGGAGAUUCCAAAUUCUAAAUUUGGAGUAGGAUUCAAUGAAGUCACUGACAUUCUUGCAGAAGUUCCUCCUGUGAGCAAAGUAGUUCAAAAGAAAUAUCCUCUCGCAAUUAAAUUAAUGUUUAAUUUUGAACAUGACAAAGAUGGAGAUGCCCAUCUGUGGAGUUCAAUGGGAUGUGAAUUGGCUCCAUAUCCGAAUGCUGCAAAGUUAUUAAAUGGUCGUAUGGGAAAUUUUACUCCACUUCCCGCAAAGCAUCCAAAUGUUGUUAGAAUUCAAACGGCAUUUGUUGACUCGCUGAAAGUUUUACCUGAUGCUAUUGAACGUUACCCGGAUGCGUUACAUACAGCACGUUGGUAUGAAUCUAUUGCUUCACAGCCGAAAACAAUGUAUGUUGUAAUGCGAAGAUAUCGUCAAACUCUUCACGAAUAUGUAUGGACUCAUCAUCGAAAUUAUUGGACUGGGAGAGUGAUGAUGGCUCAACUUCUGGAAGCAUGCACGUUUCUCCAUCAGCAUAAAGUUUCUCAAAGAGACAUGAAGAGCGAUAAUAUCUUAUUAGAAUAUGAUUUUGAUGAUGAGAUUCCUCAACUGGUGAUUGCUGAUUUCGGAUGUGCUCUAGCGUGUGAUGAUUGGCAAGUCCCAUACGAGAACGAUGACGUUAACUUAGGUGGCAACACUAAGACAAGAGCUCCAGAAGUUUCCACAGCGAAGCCCGGCAAGAAUGUCAAAGUAAACUUCGAAAUGGCAGAUACCUGGGCAGCCGGUGGUCUUUCGUACGAAAUUUUGACACGUUCGAAUCCAUUCUACAAACAUUUGGAUACAGCUACGUAUCAAGAAUUAGAACUUCCAGCACUACCAUCUCGAGUCAAUUUUAUCGCUCGAGAUGUGAUUUUCGACUUGCUCAAAAGAAAUCCGACGGAGAGAGUGAAACCAAACAUCGCUGCGAAUGCGUUGAAUCUCUCACUUUUUAGAAUGGGUGAAGAUGUUAAACAAAUGAUGGAAAAGUGUGGAAUUUCUCAAAUGACAACACUUCUAGCAGGAGCAUCGAAAGGAUUAAGUCAGAAAGUGAACAGCCAUCUGGAUCAGGUCAUCAAUUUGAUUACUGCUGAAACGAUUAUGGCAAAUUUGGCUCCACACUUAAUUAGUCGAGCAGAACGGCAACUUCGAGCAACUUUUCUAUCGAGAAUGAAUCGAGAAGAUGUAUGGAGAAGCUUGCAAUAUUUCUUCCCUCCUGGAAUUCAACUUGACACUUCUGCCACCUCUUCGGAUUGCUUUGAAUCAGUCUCGAGUUUAAUCUCGAGUUUAUCAAAUGGCUCAAAAGAUUUUGAAACUCAAAAGAAGCCAAUGAAGAAUGGAUAUAAUGCCCCUCUUCUACUGAAGAAUGUGAUUCGUACUGAUUCAGACGGAAUCAACGGCAUUGUACAUAGAAUCCGAUCGAAAUAG